AAAUACUCGAUUAGUGUUCGAUUGGGGAUCGACGGGACAAUUCCUAGCAAGUGUGCGCCUCGCUCGUGGCCAGAUGGCGCUGAAGACGAUAUUAGUUGCGGUGAUAGUAGGUGUUGUCCGCUGUCCGGAUGUGGUUUUCGGUCUUCACCGGGAGGAUGUGAAAAGUGCUCUACUUCAAGUGGUCGGUCACAGCCGCAUUCCGGAGUUGCUGGAAGGCGCGCUCGGUGAACGGCAGCAGCAGCAGCAGCAGAGGAAUUCGACGAAAUGUGAUUUACAACUGCAAGCCGCUGUUGACAGUAUGAUGAAUUACAGCACUGGUUUAUGGGCUCUGCCAAUGUUUGACGCCUGGGGAAAGAUUCCUUCCGGCAUACUGCAGGGGAAUUUCUACGAGCUUGGCAGUUAUGAGGAGUGUCAAAAGUUCACCCACUACGAUAGGAAACUGGAAGCCGAAGGUCAAAUGCAAGGCCGCUAUUGUCAGCUCUCUGUCCCAUUACAAAUGAAACCAUUAGGCCGCCAAGAGACUGAGGAGGGAAUAGAUUUUAAUGUUCGCGGGCUCCCUACUGGAUCACGACAGCUGGGGCUAACGAUUGGCACUUGCUUCCCCGACAGCUGUGAUGCUAAUCAAUUGAAUGCAUUAUUGAACGGUACAUUCUCAACGCUGUUUAAUUCAUCGAGUGCCCAUUUUACAUGUGAAUCGCAUUUGGCUGCAAUUGGGGCCAAGGAAAUCGUGGCCAUUAUAAUUUUCAGUCUUAUAGUGGGCCUUCUUGUGGUCAGCACCGUCUACGAAGUGUACACAAUGUUGUCCGGUCACCGGGAGCCGUGCCGAACACUGCUGAUAUUUUCGCUUUACUCCAACGGGGUCAAGCUUUUCCAGAUGGUUCCCCGCCCGAGUGCCGAUGGCAGUCAAAAAUCCAACGCCAUCGAUUGCCUCAAUGGAAUCCGUGUGAUCUCGAUGGUUUGGAUCAUCUUCAGUCACAACUACAUGAUGCUGACAAUGUCUCCACUAAACAACAUGUUAGCUAUGUAUGAUUGGGUGACUUCGUACCACAGUAUGCUUGUACUAGCAUCCACCGUUUCGGUGGAUUCAUUUUUCCUACUUAGUGGAUUACUCGUUAGCUGGAGCAUUCUACGGGAGUUGGACAAAAAUCGCAGGCUCAAUCUACCGUUAAUGUAUCUUCAUCGGUAUCUUCGUUUGACGGCGGCUUAUGCGGCACUAAUUUUAUUUUCUGUUAGUUUGAUGAAAUAUUGUGGCUCGGGACCGUUCUGGAACGGCAUUGUGACCCUGAUGAGUGGUUCGUGCGAAACUUACUGGUGGUCUGCUCUGCUGUACGUUCAAAAUUAUGUCAAUCCGAAGAAAAUCUGCCUGGGCCACACGUGGUAUCUUUCGGUGGAUAUGCAACUUUACAUCCUCUCACCGUUGAUUGUUUAUCCUCUGUGGCGGUGGGGACGAAAAUUUCUGAUCGCAAUUGGAUGUUUAAUUCUAGUGUCGAUGGGUAGUGUGAUGGCAAUAUUUUUGAUUGAAAACAUCCGAUUAGCAUUCGUAGCAGCCGGUACAGGAGGGGCUGAUCGGAUGAGUCUUACUUACUACCCCACGCACACUCGAAUGGGAGCUUGGCUGAUCGGGGUCAUUCUUGGUUAUGUGCUGCAUGCGACGAAGGAUCGGCAGGUGGAAAUGUCCCGGAGAACGGUAGCCCUCGGGUGGAUUUUAUCACUGGGUGUAAUGUUGGCAAUCAUAUUUGGAGAUUAUCCUCUGCAGCAGCCUGACACCUACAUGAACCAUUCGUUGGUUGUGGACGCUUUCUACGAGUCCACGAAUCGAGUGGUGUGGGCAAGCUGUCUUGGUUGGAUUGUGUUUGCCUGUGUUAACGGGUACGGAGGACCUGUGAACACUUUGCUUAGUCUGUCGAUUUGGCAGCCCCUCGGGAGGCUGUCGUAUAGCAUGUACUUAUUGCAUUUGCCACUACAGGCGAUGCUGACUGGGAUGGUGAAAAAUUCCGUUCACUUCGGGGAUGUAGAUGCGGUGCACAAAUUUUGGGGAGAUUUUGGCCUUACGGUUACCCUUGCCGUGGUGUGGAGUUUGCUGUUCGAAUCACCGAUUGUCGGAUUGGAGAAGAUUCUCUUCGGGUCCCUGAGAAAAUCCGGUGAAUCAAAAAAAUCAGUGGCAGAUGACAAAUCUUCGGAUGUUGCGACCGAUUCAACGGCAAGUUUACCUCAGAAGCAAACAGUAUGACACUAAUCUUAUGAAAUGUAAUAAACGUUGUAAUGUUCAUC